GUCAGCCGCACACCGCUUCAACCCGCGCUGUGUCUCACAAGUCUAGUCACCGUUGUCUUUCUACGUCCACCAUUAUGUCUGUUUUAUGUUAUAAUAAGGGAUGCGGAGAGCGGUUUGAUCCCGAAAACAAUCCGGACGAUGGUUGCACCUUUCACCCGGGGGUCCCAGUGUUCCACGAUGCUUUGAAGGGAUGGUCCUGCUGCAAGAGAAGAACUACUGACUUCUCAGACUUCCUUAGCAUUGCUGGUUGUACAAAAGGUCCCCACAACAAAGAGAAGCCCCCUGAGCCGGUGAAACCAGACGUGACGACAUCGGGAGAGAAAAAAGAGGUGGAAACACCGACAACAAAGUUUAACGAGUACAUAAUCUCUGCACCAAAACCUCAGGAGGCAAUAUACAGACCCAGUUCUGAUGAGCCGGUAGUGAGAUUGACUCAUAAAGUCUCCACCUCUCUAAAGCAGGCACUGGAGAAACUGAAGCUCUCUGAAAAUAAAACGGACAAGAAAGAAGAAGAUGAUGAUGAAAUCAAACUUGGAACGUCGUGUAAAAAUGGAGGAUGUACUAAAACGUUCGAGGGACCUGCAAGUGACUCUGAUGUGUGCCUAUACCACGCUGGAGUCCCAAUUUUCCAUGAAGGGAUGAAAUACUGGAGCUGCUGUAAGAGGAAAACCUCAGACUUUAACACCUUCCUUUCUCAGGAAGGCUGCGCAAAGGGAGCACAUCUAUGGAGGAAAAAGGAUGAGGGAAAGAAGGUGGUCCCCUGUAGGUUUGACUGGCACCAAACUGGGAGUCAGGUCAUCAUUUCUAUUUAUGCCAAAAAUGCCAUCCCCGAGCUAAGCUAUGUUGAUGCUAACAGCACCACGCUCAACAUCUACAUUGUAUUUGAUGGAGAAAAGGAAUUUGUGCAGAAAAUCAGCCUGUGGGGAGUGAUAGAUGUGAGUAAGAGCAUGGUGAACAUGAUGGCAGCCAAGAUCGAAGUAGCGAUGAAGAAGGCUGAGGUGAUGUCCUGGGCUCGUCUCGAUCUUCCUCCUCCUGUUGCUCCACCAAAGGAGAGCGAGAAGAAGAAAGUAGAGACCGACAGUGAGGAUGAAGAUUAAUGACGAUGAUUUCAAAAACACAUAUAUUUACUUCUUGCUUUAACACAAGCAAGAAAGCACAAUGUAAGUUAUUUACUUGGGUAAAGGAUAGCUUUUUGGCCUUUAAAGCAUUUUUCAUAA